AUGGAGGAUUCCGGUGAAAUCAAUCGGAAUCACAGCGUUUUCCCUGAUUGGCAUGUUGGUUUGCAGCCCGACCUUCGUGAAGGAGCGAUCCGCAAGAUCAUGGACAGCUUAAUGGAGAUCUGUAGCGGGAAACCUAAUGUUGAUAAGCAGCAAAUUCGUAUGGGAGCAGAAUAUUUUGAGGCAAAGGCUUACCAUCAAGCAACCAGUAAGGAUGAUUAUCUGCGAAAUAUUUACCUAAUGUUGCUCUCAUUUAAACGGCAUAAGGAAGACAAUAUCCUAGUGGAUCCUCCCAAGUCAAAUUUCUCCCGUGGGAGUCAUCUUUCUUAUGAUACUGCUUCACCAUGCCUCCAACCCCAGAUCGGUAAUCAAGAACAAGCCACCAGUCAAUCUCCUUCCCAACAAUCAGUUUUACCUCAGGAACUUCAAAAUAGCACUUCACCAAUCGAGGUCCAAGGUGCAGCUGGUUUGCCUUUCAAUACUGAGAGCUCUUCAAACUCGAAGAAUUUGUUUGAGCAAAGGCAAAGGCAGGGAAGACAAUUACAGUCCAUGGACAUUUCCCAUCACCAGAAGCAAUCUUUAUGUCAAGGCUAUUACCCAUAUCAAAUCCAGCAGCAAACAUUAAAGCAAAAUGAUCAGCAGCCUUCAAACUUGCAAUCACAUGUGCAACAACAAACCCAACAACAAUAUCAGGAGGCACAGGUGCAAGAGUGGUUUUGUCUCCAGACUAUCCACCCUGGCAAGUUCAAUAUUCAGCUGGAUCAUCGGAAUCCAGUUCAACCAACUGGAAUAUCUGUACACCAUCAGCUUCCGCCAAUAGCUCCAUUUCAGCACAAACCAACUUCAACCUUCCAGCAGCCAGCCGUAGCGCCACAACCACAUCCAUGCAAUAAUAAGCAACCAAAUAUGCCUAAGGUGCAACUGAUUCAGAUGGCCACACUGCAACAAAGUAAUCUUCCAGACUUGCAACAUCAAACGUUGUCAUUCCAGCAACAGGAUAUUUCUUCAGAUCUAUUAGGCCCACAAGACAACAUCCCCAUAUUGCAUCAUCAGCAGCAGCAGCAGCAGCAGCUACUUGGAACCUUGCCUGGCGUCUCAAACAUACAAGAACAUCAAAACCUAGCCCUUCUUGCACAACCCGAGACUGCACGUCAGCAGGAAGAAUCACAGAGGCCUGCACUGGUAUUGUUGCAAUCACAAGGUCAUCAAGCACGACAUCAGUUAGCACAACCACCAACUAAAGCUCAACAACCACCUCAGCCACAAACGCAUCAAGAAAGAUUUCAAUCUACUGGUUCAUUGCCUCCCUUUCCCGAUGCAGUUGAACAGAAGAGGAAACACGUGCAGUUGCUUGGCGGUUCAUCCACUUCACCAACCUUGUUGACAGCUCAAGAUGAUACGCUUGACUUAAUAGAGGAGAUUCAUCAGAAGAUAAAGGAGAUGAAGGAAAUUUACUAUAAAGAUCUUCUUGAAAACUACCGGAAGAUAGUUAUCAAACUUCACAAGCUUGAUGCCUUUCCAUCUCAUCAGAAGAAGCCUGACGAGCGCAAAAGACUGAUAGAGUCUAGAGAUUUUGUAAAGCAAGCAUUAUACUACCUGGGAACAGAUAAGGAGAAAAUUCAGGCUCAGCUCAUGGAAAGACUAAUUGUAAUGGAACGGAAGAUAAGAGCUUAUCUGGAGUUGCCGCCAGACAAAAACGACAAAAUUCCUCUGGGGCAGAAAGAAUCCCGACAUCCAGGUGGAAAUGUUGAAUUGGCGAGACAGUAUCCACCCUGUGGAGCUUCCAUGGCGCAGAAUAUUGACCAUCAUGCAAACCAAGCGCGACAAAUGAACUGGCGAGGUUCGUCUAUAUCAGCAGAUGAAGUUGCUGCUUCAACUCUUCUUCCAUCUGGAGCACAAUUAGGCAUUCCAAAAGCAUCUGGUUUGCAUUCGGAUCCAGCUCAAGGGGGUUCCCUGAACUCAUUGCACUGCCAACCAAUUGGCUUCUCACAUCAAGUUGGUAUAGGAUCCAUUCAAAACUCCACCUGCGGAAUUUAUAAUAACAACACCAACAGACAGUCACAGAGCUGUGUGAAUCCAUUUCAAGCAAGUGCCAGUGCCAUCCCACCAAUUACUUAUCCAAUGCAGCCCCAAAAACAAGAAGAACAGAGGCAACUAAUGCUGAGUCAGCUAGUGAAGCAAUCAUUACCAUAUUACCGUAGUCAUCUAACUCAGCAAUCAAACAGGCAACAACAACAACUCCAACCGCAGAUGUUCUCAGAACUCGGGCAACAACAAGCAAUGAACCUUCGUGGAUGCCAUGUGGGGCCUUUUCAUCAAAUUACCGAAGGCAAUGCUUUGAAGACUAAACAAGAUUCAGGCAAUUGUCAAAAGCAGUUCUCUACGGUCCAGCAUAAUGAUGCUCUCCAGCUGCAAGGAGUUGAUUCAACUCAUGCUUCAUCUCCUCAAAAGCUUCAAGCUUCAUCUCUGAAGAUUUCUCAGCCCUCUGUUGGAAAUGAUUGGAUAAAGUUAUUGCCAGCCCUUCUUGAUGAUAGAAUAUCUUCACAACCUGUAGAUUCACUCUUGAUCAUGAAGUCUCCUUCAAUCCCAUCAAUGUCAGUACUGGGGCCUGAGCAACAACAGCUUUCUGAAAUUUUGUCGCCAUCAAACGCAGGGCAUAAUGGGCAGCAACAAAUGACUCGUGUAUCAGUACAACCUGAAAUACAUGCUCCUGGAACUGCCAUGUCAAACUCAUCCAUGACAGUCGAAUAUGUGGGUUCAGAUAGUGAUCAAGUCAAGGAGACAACUGAUAAGUCAAGCAAAAGGAAGCGCUCAACAGAGCUCUUAAUCAACGCGGUACAAUCAGCAGCACCUGAGGUGCUUGAUUCCUCAAUCAAAGAUAUUGCAUCCGUGUUUGAUUUGGGCAUUCUGUCAAGUUCAGCGCCUGGGAAUCGUCCUAAAUCCGCUGUUGGUGAAAAUUUAGUUGGGAGGACAAAAAGUUUUAUGUCAGCACAAGAUUACGAGGCAGAAGUAUGGAGUAGCAGAAAGAAAAUCAGGCGUGACACUAGCAGCGUGCCCUUCCUUGAUGUACCAUUAACCUGUGGCCAACAGUUAGAGUUUGCUGCACCAUCUACUAGCGAAUGCCAAGCCAAUCUGGUUACUGCUCUUGUACAAAAUGAGAUAAAGGAGAUAAAUAAGAGACUAAUUGAUAUUGCGGUCAGUGUAAGUAAGGAGGAAGUUGCUCGCAUCGCUGCUCAGGCUGUAGAGGGCAUGGUUGUUUCUUUCGCUUUUACUGCUGUGUCUAUCAGUCCAAAUUUGAUUUCAAAAUUGGCUUCACAACGCAUGACCCCAAUCAUGUCUCUGAGACUCCUUGUUCCUCUUGACUACCCCAAAAGUUCUCCUGUACCCCUGGACAAACUACUUGAUGAACAGAGCAAGGAAUCUGGUGAUCUGUCUUCCAAGACCAUGUCAAAGUUUAACAAAUCUCUCCAGUUGGUUUCUCAGCCCAUAUCACUUAGUAAAAUGGCAAAGCUGUGGGAUGCUUCAAUCAGGGAACUCAUGCUUGAAUAUGCUCACCAGUAUGGUGGAGGUUCCUUCAGCUCAAGGGUUGCUUCUUGGCAGACUUGUUUGCAUCACUGAUGAUGGCUCUCCAUUUCAUAUUCUCAGCCUAUUGCAAUUCUAGUCUCUGCAAAUUCCUUUUGUAGUGUUGUAAUUAGAGUGUGUAGUGUCUCAGCUAGGUAUUAGUUAUAAAAUUAAAAUAAUAAAAUAAUAAAAAUAAAAAUCACCUUUAUUAGCUUCUGUUAAUUCCAUUUUAGCUUAUUUAAACC